AUGCCUGGUAGGCCUAAGUCAAAGAAAAGAAAGUUGGAGAGAGGAGAGGGAGCAUCUGAAAGCAGUGGCAGCCAGCAAAAACAACAAAAGAGGCAAAAUAGGUGUGCAAACUGUGGACAACUUGGUCAUUAUGCCAAGACUUGUGGCAAUCCACCAUUGCAAGCUCCUGCACCUCCACCAGAUGCCAAACUAGCAUGCAAACCAGUUUUGCAAAAUGCUUGGAACAAGGAACAAAGAAGAAAGAAGGAGGCAAGGGCUGCAAUGAAGACUGGUGGAACUCCUGGGCCAUUCAGCAUAGCAAACCAAAAAUUCCCUCAACAGAGGCCAUCCCAACAACAACAACCUGCCACCCUGCACCCAAGCAUCCAGGCAUCAACAACAACAACUGCAGCAAAAAAAGAGAACAACAGCAAAACAGCCAACAAGAAAGCAAGGAAAAGGGAAAUGAAGAAGAAUUAG